UUUUUACUUGGCUCGAUGCAUACAAUCUGUUACAACUCCUCCUCCUCCUCCUCCUCCUCCUCUCCCUCCCUUUCUGUGUCUCACAAAGGAUCACCCAUCGAGAAGGAAACCCCAUUCCCUCCGAGUGCAGUCGGCAGUGAGCGAGAGCUGCGUCUCACCGCCGCCAUGGGAGGUGGCGAAGGCCUCGUUACCGGCCGGAGACUCGGGUGUUUGCUGGCCGCUCUGCUCGCCGCGCAAGCUCUGUGUUUCACCUUUACCUACCUGCACUUUAGCCGCAAGCUGAAACAGAUUGAGGAAAUCUUCUCCAAGAACAGCAUGAGCUGCCUGACGGCGGACACCCUGAAUCCGCCUCCUGACUCCACGGAGGAUGAAGAUCUCUACAGUGAGCAAGGGAGGAUGGGCGAAGAUCAGUGCUGGAGAUUCCGUGGGCAGGUCCAACAACUGAUCCAAGAAACCAUAGCGAAGCGGUAUGAACAGGACAUGUCUCUCAUUGUGAAAGGUGAACUCUCCCGGUUCCUUCCAUACCUGAGGCAGUCAGGAUCUGGAUCCCAGCCACCUGUACAGAAAGUCGCAGCUCACCUCAUAGGGAAUCACAGGAUGAAGACAAUUUCCCUGGAAGGAACGUCGUUAAGGAAUCUCCAUGGCCAGAAGAUACAGGCAUGGGAACCCAAGAAAGGGCAGGCAUUCCUCCACAACGUGGAGUACACAAACGGAGAGCUGAUCGUUCCGCAAACUGGGCUCUACUAUGUCUAUGGUCAGACCUACUUCCGUCACCAGGACAUGUCAAGCGAGAAAGGUGCCAGUUCGGGUGAGAUGCUAUCCAAUUCUAGAAACAAGCAGAUGGCCCAGUACAUCUACAAGACCACCGCCUACCCUGACCCCAUUCUAUUGAUGAAACAUACCAGGACUACUUGCUGGGCCAGGAAUGCGGAAUACGGCUUGCAUUCCAUUUACCAGGGUGGGAUCUUCGAGCUGAGAUACCAAGACCGGAUAUUUGUGGCAGUCAGCAACGUCAGUCUGAUUGACGUGACCGGGGGCUCGAGUUUCUUUGGAGCCUUUCUCAUCGGCUAGGCGGGAGGCCGCUGGUGACACACUGCUGCAGUGUUUUCAGGUCGUUGGUGAUCUUCACAGAAGAAGGUCAUGCCAUAGUGAACAGUCUGAAGAAUGCUUAACCUACAGGGAGCAUCGCUUCUUUUAUUGAGCAACCGUUCCCAAGGUCGCUUAACGGUUGCGAGAGACUAACUGUUUGAGCAUCUGCAGAGAAAUGUGUGUUCAUUGGUGCUGAUUUCCAUAAGACAUAGGAUCAGAAUUAGGCCAUUUGGCUGCUCCACCAUUCCUCAUGGUUGUUAUGUUUUUCAACAGUACAGGAGGAAACCCUUUUCUCUGCAACCCUCAAUGCCCCCUUGCCAAGCCAGAAGAAAUAAACGCAAUGGUUUGGCCUUCACCACCGCAUGGACAUAAAUUCCAAACACCCUCUGCUGAAGAAAUCCCUCCUCGACUCAUUUCUAAAGGGGCAGCCUAGUGCUGUACCCAUGGAUUCUAACCUCCCUUACUAUUGGGAAAAUCCUCUCUAUGUCUGUUAAAUAGACACCACAGCCAAGAAAGCUGACCUGUGCCUCUAUUUCCUCAGGAGGCUGAAGAAAUUUGGCAUUACCCCAUCGACACUCACCUCUUUUUAUCAGUGCACCUUUUCCAGUAUCUGGUAGGUGUCAAUGAGAUCUCCCCCCGAUUCUUGUGAGUUCCAUUGAGUGCAGGUCCAGAGCCAUCAAUGCUCCUUGUACAUCAAGAUUUUCAUUCUUGUGAAUCUCCUCUGGACCCUCACCAGAACCAGCACAUCCUCCCUUUAGAUGUGUGGCCCAGAACUGCUUACAAUAUUCCUCCUGGAUCCGACUCCAAAUCCAUCUCCUUCUGCCAGGCCACAGGGUUCCACCUUUCAAAGUGGAUAUUUGACCUUGCUCAUAUUGGGACAAACUUGACUAAAGUCACUGGAGAGGAUGUGUAAGCUGAUUUGAAAAGCCAUAAGACAUGGGAACAGAAUUAGGCCAUUUGUCUCGUCGAGUCUAUCUUGCCAUUCCACUGUGGCUGGUUUAUCAUCCCUCUCAAUCCCAUUCUUCUGCCUUCUCCCCGGAACCUUUGACAAUCUUACUACUCGAGCUCAUCAAGCUCCAGAACCCUAUGGAGCAGGACUGAAGAGGUGCACAGGCCUCUGAGAUAAGAAGGCAGGGAAUGACAUGGUAGUGUAGUGGAUAGCGUAAUGCUUCACAGGGCUAGUGCUUAUGAUUCAGUCCCUGCCGUUGUCCGUAUGUUCUCCCUGUAAUCGCAUGGGUUUUCUCCAAGUGCUUCAAUUCUCUCCCACAUUCCAAAGAUGUAUAGGUUAGGGUUAGAAAGUUGUGGGCAUGUCCUCUAAACCCAGGACAGACUGUCUGUGGCCUCCAGUGAAUGUGGACAGUGGACUUCUCCAGCGGUCUUGCAGCGAUUAACAGACAUGGGGCGCCGGCCAAUGGGGCUGGAUGGCUGGACUUCCAAUCAACCCUCAAGCCUCAGCAUCGAUCCCAAACCCAGCCCAUCGCCAAACACUAGAGCCCAAACUCUGGACUCACCAGUGAUGGGACCCUGUCCACUGGGCUGUGAUCUCCAGUCUCACUGAUUCGCGAUAUCCUCACCUCCUCAUUCACCAACGUAAACCAGAAGAUGUGAUAGAUUCUAAGAACUGAUGACCUACCCCAAAUCCCACUGCUUCAACAUAAGACAUACGAGGGGUGAUUGAUAAGUUCGUGGCCUAAGGUAGAAGGAGUCAAUUUUAGAAAACCUAGCACAUUUAUUUUUCCUACAUUUACACUCUUAGUCCAGUGGUCGUGGAGCAUACGGAUCCCUUCUUUGUAGAAGUCGGCGUCUUGGACCUCCAGAAAGUGGUCCACAGCAGGGGUGAUUGAUAAGUUUGUGGCCUAAGGUAGAAGGAAAUGAGUUAUUAACUUCAAACUUUCUGCAUUUUCACUCAGAGUUGAACUGCACGUACAUGUAACGAGAGCUGUGUGACUCAUCUCCUUCUACCCAAGGCCACUAACUUAUCAAUCACCCCUGCUGUGGACCACUUCUACAAAGAAGGGAUCCGUAUGCUCCACGACCCCUGGACUAAGUGUGUACAUGUAGAAGGGGACUAUGUUGAAAAACUAGGUUUUCUAAAAUUGAGUCCUUCUACCUUAGGCCAUGAACUUAUCAAUCACCCCUCGUAGGAGCAGUGUUAAGCCAUCUGAUUCAUCAGCUGCUCCAUGGCUGAUUUAUUAUCCCGCUAAACCGCAUUCUCCUGAGCCAAUACUACUCGCACUCAGAAUGUAUAUUUGAGAAAGUUUUAUUUUGUUUUUUUUUUAACUUGUAUGGAAAGAGUUUUCCUUUGACUUUGGGAAACAGAAUCAGGUUUAUCAGUACUGCUGUGUGUGUCAUGAAAGUUGUUAUUUGUGAAAGCAGUAUUGUACAAAGACCAAAAAAAUCACCAAAAACUGGAAAACAUGAAAACCAUUAAGAGGACUAAUAACGUAUCCUCCUCCAUUUGCACACAUCUGCCCUGGUCAAAAUGAGAGUCAGCUUUAAUAUCGCUGGUAUAUCUUGUCAAUUUGUUGUCUUUGUGGCAGUUGGAAAUUGCGAUACAUAACAACAAAUACAGUAAAUAUGUACAUAGAAUAGUUAUUGAAUAAAUAGCACACAAAAAAAGCAGCGAGGUAAUGUUGAUGGGUUCAUUGUCCAUUCAGAAAUCUGAUGGUGCUGGGGAAGCAGCUGUUCCCAAAUCACUGAGUGUGUGCCUUCAGGCACAUCAUCCCUGAUUCGAGUGAUCACAUUAUCUACCACCCCAUUAGCCUCCAUAUCCAGAACAUCAUCCCGCACAAUUUCCACCACCUUUAAUUGGAUGUUACCACUUGAGGCUCUCUGUUGGUUGAGGUUGACUGUGGAUGUUGCGUUCUGGCUGUCUUUGUGUUAUGGAAAAGUGGGCAUUAUGGUAUGGAGAGCGAGCUGUUGCCCAGGCAGCUGGCUCCCCCUGUCCAUGUAGCUGAUGAAUCCAAAGGAACGGCAGAGACCGAUACUACUUGGCACCAGCAGCAUCGCAAGAAUUCCAUCCGUCAUUGAACUCAAUGUAGGAACUGCAUUAGGGACUCCAGUUCCCAAUUCUCCCUCUCACUUUACUUCUGAAUCCUUCCCCAUGAGUGGGUAUAGCUGCAAGGCAAUGGGGGGUUUGAGAUUAGAGGUUUCCUUCUCCUAAAUAAGCUGUCAGACAUGUCUGAUAAGCCCCCUCUGGUUUUAUGGCUUUAAAACCAAUCCUAUCACUAAACACAUCUUUACUUCCCUGUAUUCUCCACUUUCUGCAGGGAUCACUCCUUCCAAUAAUUUCCUUGACUAUUCACCCCCAAUCUCCCUCUUGGCCCUUAGCCCUGCAAGCUAACCUGCCCAUUCACCUCCUCCCUCACCUCCAUUCAGGGACCCAAACAGUUCUACCAGGUGAGGUGACACUUCAACUUGCGAGCCUGUCAGGGUCAUGUACUGUAACUGAUGCUCCCAGUGUGGCCUCCUCUGCAUCAGUGAGACCUGACAUAGAUUGGGAGACCACUUCGUGAAACACCUUCACUCCAUCCUCAGAAAGAAUUUCCAGGUGGCCAACCACUAGCCCCAUUCCCAUUCUGUCCAUGGCCUCAUCUUCAGCCAUGAUGAAGCCACACUCAGGUUGGAGGAGCAACACCUCAUAUUCCAUCUGGGCAGUCUCCAACCUGAUGGUAUGAACGUUGAUUUCUAUAACUUCCGGAAAUAUCUACCCCCCCCCCGCCCUCCCCCACCAUUUUUCCAUUCCCAUUCUGGUUCCCCUCUGGGCCCUGUGGGGGUAGAGAUUGUCGAAUAACUGAGGGUCAUCACAUUAUGGGAAGUCCAUGGAGCUACUUUGGACCAUGUUCAGCUGGGAUCACACAGGAGAAACUAAUCUCCUAACACACUGUUAUUCUAAGGUUGGAGGAUCAACACCCUAUAUUCAAUCUGGGUAGACUCCAACCUGAUGGCACGGACAUCAAUUUCUGCCGGUAAAUUUUUCCCCUUCUUCCCUAUUCUUCUAUUUCUCCCUAUGGCCAAGGACCUCUUCUCCUCAUCUGCCCAUCACCUCCCCUUGAUGCACCUCCUCCUUCCCUUUCUCCCAUAGUCCACUCUUCUCUCAUAUUAGCUUCCUUCUUUAGCCCUACACAUUUCCCACCAGCUUCUCACUUCAUCACCCUCUCCCACCCACCAGAUCUCACCUAUCACCUGUCUGUCUUUACCCCUGUACCCCUUCCCUUUCACCACCUUAUUGUGGUCUCUUCCCCCCACCCCCCAAACUUACUUUCUAGUCCUGAUGAAAGGUAUUGCCCUGAAGGUCUUUUCCAUAGAUGCUGCCUGGCCUGCUGAGUUCCUCCAGGGUUUUGUGUGUGUUACUCUGGAUUUCCAGCAUCCACAGAAUCUGUUGGGUUUAUAAUGGAGCAAUGUUUAUGAGUUCAUGAACUAUUCAGGAAUCUGAUGGCAGAGGGGAAUAAGCUUUUUCUAAAAACUGAGUGUGGGUCUUCAAGCUCCUGUACCUCCUACCUGAUGGCAGCAAUGAGAAGAAGGAAUAUCCUGGAUGGACUGCAACCAGAGUAGUCCCUUCAUAUUUCUUCAGUGUAAGGUCAGAAGUCAGAGAUAUUCACCGAUGAUUGUAUAUGUUCAACUCUACUCAAACUGCUUGAGAAAUAAAAUAGCCUUCGGCUGGAAUAUCUACAAGGAUUUUGCUAGAACUUGAGGACCUGAGUUAUAAAGAAAGGUUCACACAGAAAUUGCUGGAGGAACUCAGUAGGUCAGGCAGCAUCCAUGGUAAAGAGUGACAGUCGAGGUUUCGGAGUGGGACCCUUCUUCAGGAAUCCUAACAAAGGGUCUCAGUCCGAAAUAUCGACAGUUUAUUCCCCUCCAUAGAUGCUGCCUGGCCUGCUGAACUCUUCCAGAAUUUUGUGUGUAUUGCUUUGGAUUCCCAGCAUCUGCCGAUUUUCAGAAUCAAAAUCAGAAUCAGAGUCCUUUAUUAUCGCCGAGUAUGUGGACACAUACAGGGAAUUUGAUGCCGGUUUCCCUGAGCUCUUGCUGUACAGAAUCAAAAAGCAAAAACAAGUGUAAAUAAUCGUGAACUAUAUACAAUGAGGUAUACCUGUGUAUGUACAGGUGGACUUGGUUUAUAAGAGACUAAAAUUCAAGUGUUCAUAAGACUGAUCAUACGGAAAGAAACUGUUCUUGUAUCUAUUUGUCCUGGCAUACAGUGAUCUAAAGCACCUACCAGAAGGAAGAAGUUGGAACAGGUGAUGUCCAGGGUGUGAUGGGUCUACAAUGAUGCUGCUUGCUCGCUUCCUGAUGCAUGUAAGGAAGAUGCAUAUAAGUCCUGGAUCGAGGGCAGCUUCACACCAAUAAUCCUUUCCGCAGCCCUGACGGUUCUUUGGAGUCUAUUCUUGUCUUGUUUCGUAGCUGAUCCAAACCAGACAGUGAUGGACGAACAGAGAGCGGACUGGAUUAUUCCUGAAUAGAAUUGAAUAGAAUUGAGAAUUUUUCUCAUGUUUAUAAAGAAAGGCUGAACAGGUUAGGGUUUCUCCCCUGGAACAUAGAAGAUUGAGAGGAGAUUUGAUAGAUGUGUACAAAAUGCUGAGGGGCAUAGAUAGGGUAAAUGCAAGCAGGCUUUUUCCACUGAGGUUGUGUUAAACUAGAACUAGAGGUCUUGUGUUAAGGGUGAAACAUGGAAUGUUUAAAGGGCACCUGAGGGGGUACCUCUUCACUUAGAGGGGGUGAGAGUGGAAGGAGCUGCCAGUGGAAGUGGUGGAUACAGGUUUGGUUUCAUCAUUUACCUUGGAUAGGUACAUGGAUGGGAGGGGAAUAGCCUACAGAGGGCAAUAGUCCAGGUGCAGUUGACGCAGGCGUGUCGCUAUGAUAAUGGCGGAACCCUUGAGGAUCAUGAGGAAGUGGUCAGGUAAUUUGUACUGAAGGUGAGCCUCUGCUGCCUCCUGUGUGAGGAGAAAAUGUUACUUGCCAUUAUUUCCUCCAUACUGCAAACCUUAGAUUUAUACAUUCAUCGAGCAAAGGAACAGCCACUUCGGCCCAUCUAAUUCAUGUCAAACUAUUUUUCUGCCUAGACCCAUGGACCGCCACCUGCACUAUAGUUCUGCAUGGACCUCAUCCAUGUACAAAUUUCUCUUGAACACUUAGAUUGAACCUGCGUCCACUACUUCCGCUGGCAGCUCACUGCAGUCUCUCACCACCCUCAGAGUGAAAAAUUACCCCCUCAUGUUCCCCUUCUUUGAGGAUGUGACUAAACACUUUGAUGAAGGUAGGGUAGCGGAUGUAGUUCAUAUGGAUUUCAGUAAGGCAUUUGAUAAGGUUCCCCAUGCCAGGCUCAUUCAGAAAGUAAUGAGGCAUGGGAUCCAAGGAGACCUUGCUUUGUGGAUCUAGAGCUGGCUUGCCAUUAGAAGGCAAAGGGUGGAUGUAGAUGGUUCGUAUUCUGCAUGGAGGUCGGUGACCAGUGGUGUGCCUCAGGGAUCUGUUCUGGGAACCCUCUGCUUUUUGAUUUUUAUAAAUGACCUGGAUGAGGAAGAUAGGUUAGUAAGUUUGCUGAUGACACAGUAGUUGGGGGUGUUGUGGAUAGUCUGGAGGGUUGUCAGAGAUUACAGCGGGACAUCGAUAGGAUGCAGAACUGGGCUGAGAAGUGGCAGAUGGAGUUCAACCCAGAUAAGUGUGAAGUGGUUCAUUUUGGUAGGUCAAAUUUGGAGACAGAAUGUAAAAUUAAUUGUAAGACUUUUGGGAGUGUGGAAGAGCAGCAAGAUCUUGGGGUCCGUGUCCAUAAGACACUCAAAACUGCUGCGCAGGUUGACAGAAGGCGUAUGGUGUGUUGGCCUUCAUUGACCGUGGUAUUGGGUUCAAGAGCCCUGAGGUAAUGUUAAAGCUAUAUAAGACCUUUGUUAGACCCUCUGGUCACCUCACUACAGGAAGGAUGUGGAUACUAUAGAGAGAGUGCAGAGGAGAUUUACAAGGAUGUUACCUGGAUUAGACAGCAUGCAUUAUGAGAAUAGGUUGAGUGAACUUGGACUUUUCUCUUUGGAGCGACAGAGGAAGAGAGCUGACCUGAUAGAGGUGUAUAAGAUGAUGAGAGGCGUUGAUCAUGUGGAUAGCCAGAGGCUUUUUCCCAGAGCUGAAAUGGCUAACACAAGAGGGCAUAGAUUUAAGAUGCUUGGAAGUAGGUAUAAGGGGGAUAUCAGAGGUAAGUUUUUCACACAGAGUGGUGGGUGCGUGGAAUGCAUUGCCAGCGACGGUGAUGGAAGCGGAUACAAUAGGGUCUUUUAAGAGACUCUUAGCUAGGUACAUAGAGCUUAGAAAAAUAGAGGGCUAUGCGGCAGGGAAACUCUUGGCAGUUUCUAGAGUAGGUUACAUGGUCGGCACAACAUUGUGGGCUGAAGGGCCUGUAAUGUGCUGUAGAUUUCUAUGGUCCUAUAAACAUUUCACCUUUUACUCUUAACCCCGUGACCUCUUGUUGUCUCACCCAACCUCAGUGAAAAAGCCUGCUUGCAUUUACCUCUCGUAGUUUUGUAUAUCUCUCUAUUCUCCCCUCUAUUCAACCUUUCCCUAUAACUGAGGUCCUCAAGUCCCAGCAACAUCCUUAUGAAUUUUCUCAGUAUUCUAUCCAUCUUAUUGUUAGGAGUAGGCAGUUUAAAUGGUUCAGUACAAACUAGAUGGGCUGAAGGGCUUGUUUCUGUGCUAUACUUUUCCGUGACUCUAUAUCUUUAGGUAGGUGGCUAGAAUUGCACACAAUACUCCAGAUUAGUCAUUACCAACAUCUUGUACAAUUUCAACAUAACAUUCCAAAUUCUGUGUUGAAUACAUUGAUUUAUGAAGGCAAAUGUCAUUAUGACCCUAUCGACCUGUGAUGCCACUUUCAAGGAACUAUAGAUUUGUAUUUCUUAGAAUGUAGAAGAUUGAAAGGAAAUUUGAUAGAGAUAUACAUAAUUAUAAGGGUAAAUGCAAGCAGGCUUUUUCCACUGAGGUUGAGUGGGACUUCAGCCAGAGGUCAUGGGAUAAGUGUGAAAGGUUUAAGAGGAAACUUCUUCACUCAGAAGGCUGUGAGAGUGUGGAAUGAGCCGUCAGCACUAAGGGUGCAUGUGAGCUCGAUUUCAAUGUUUAAGAGAAGUUUGGAUAGGUACAUGGAUGUAAUGGUAUGAAUGGCUAUGGUUAGGGUGCAUGUUGAUGGGACUAAGCAGUUGAAAUGGUUUGGCAUGGGCUAGAUGGGCCAAAGGGCCUGUUUCUGUGCUGUGCUUUCCCAUGGCUAUUCCCAUGAUUGUUUUUAAAUAGUAUUGUCUUUGUUACUGUUUAAUAUCCAAAUACUGAUAUGGACACCAGUAUUGAUCGUCACAUGUUCUUGCAAACAUCUGGCUGGCACCAAAGUUUUGAGUGUGGUGUGACAUUUCAAUUGCCUGGAUGAGAACAGCUCAGUCAAAAGGAGUGAAGACUGGCAGAGGUCUGUAGUUUGCUCAGCAGCCCAUAGCAGACAUCCCACCUCUCCCAGAAGUUCCAGGAGUCUCCCGCAAAUUGAUGGUGCUACCUCCCUGAAAUCAGGUUUUGCAGGGUGGGAUGUCUGCCACAGAGCACAGGACACUGAGUAUUACAGCAAAGUACAGGCCCUUCAUCCUAUGAUGUAGUGUCAACCUUUUCACCUACUCUGAAAUCGAUCUAACUCUUCCCUCCAAAAUAACCCUCCAUGUUUCUUACAUCCAGGUGCCUCUCUAGGAGUCUCCUAAAUGUCCCUAAUGCAGCUGCCUCUACCACCACUCCUGGAAAUGCACAUACCACUCUCUGUGUUAAAAAGGAGCUUCGAUGUCUGCUCCAACAACCUUAAAAUUAUGUCUUAAAGUUGUUCCAUCCUGGGGGGAAAAGACACUGGUUGUCCACUCAAUCUAUGUCCCUUAUCAUCUUGCACCAUCACCCUCCUUCACUCCAAAGAGAAAAGCCCGAUAUUGCUCAACGUUUUCCUCAGGAGACAUGCUCUCUAAUCUAAUCCAGGCAGCAUCCUGCUAAAUCACCUCUGCACCCUCUCUAAAUCCUCUACAUUCAUUCUAUAAUGAGGUAACCAGAACUGAGCACAAUAUUUCAAGUGUGCUCUAAACAAAGUUUAAUAGAGCUGCCUCGUGGCUCUUGAACUCAAUCCUAUAACUAAUGAUGGACAACACACCAUAUCGCUUCUUCUUGACCCUAUCAAUUUGUGUGGCAACUUUGAUGAAUCUAUGAAUGUGGAGCCCGUGAUAUCUCUGUUCCUCCACAUCAUUAACCUGACAUUAACCAUGUAUUGGACUUUCAAGUCUGAUCUUUCUAAGUGUAUCAGUUUGCACUUUUUUUCUGGAUCGAACUCCAUCUGCCACUUCUCAGUAACUGGAAUAUUUGAAGCAGAAGUAGACAGGCUCUGCAUCUGUCAAUGUUCUGUUGUAACCGAUGACAACCUUCUACACUAUCCACAACACCACUAAUCUUUGUGUCAUCUGACACACCUUUCCACUCCUCAUCUAAGUCAUUUUUCCAUCGUUUAUACUGAACCUUCACUUGCUCCAGCACUAGCGCCCAGUGUCUGCGGUGUUUCCUCUCUGAAGCCACUCCCAGCAGCACGACUCACAUCUGGGAUCUCCACCACCAAGAGGAAGGGUAGCAGGUACAAGGAAACACCAUCCACUACUGGCUCUACUCCUGGUCUCAAAACUGACAGCUAAAGACUGGAGACGUUCUCUAGAAGACCAUCAGGUGCUGCUACACCUGAUCACAUGUUCAACCAAGAAAGGAGAGAGAAAUGGGAAAGUUCUCAACGCCAUUAUCAGGGACCAAUCCUUUCACUUGAGAAAUGCAAGUACAAGUUCAUUUAUUGCCAUCUGACUGUCCAUACUUACAACCAAACGAAACAAUGCUCCUCUGGACCAUGGUGCACCUACACGACACACAUCACAUCAAACAAACUAUUACCAUAAAUAAGUUAAUAAAAUAAGGUAAUUAACCUUUGACCAGCAAACAAUUCGGACAUCAGAAAUUGAGAGGAGGGGAUUUCACUCAGGUCCACGGCAGAGUAGAAAAAGGCAGUGGCGGAUUGCUACAGCGUAACUGAGCUCUGACCAGCCACCAGGCCGCAUUUGGGAUUGAUUAGAAGAGCAAAUUAAAGGAAGGCUGGGGUAAAUGCUGCAGCCAUUGUCUGAGUGGGUCGAGUUGGAGUGGUAAUCUUGAGACUUUAGCUCUUCGAGGAUUCAGGCAAGAGAGGCUUCAGUCAGAGAAAGCAAAAGGAAAAAGCUCUAGGUAAAGUUUUAUUUCCCCCUUCCCUUCAUUAUAUCUGCUCAGUUCGGACAGUAGAGAUGCCUGGCAGGAUAGUUGAAUGCUCCUCUUGCAAGGAGCUACAGCUUCUAACAAUCUGUAGUAAGGAGCUGGAGCUGGAACUGAAUGAACUCCGAAUCAUUCGGGAGGCUGAGGGGGUGAUAGAUAGGACAUGUAGUGAGGUAGUUACACCCAAGGUGCAGGACACGGGAGACUGGGUGACAGUCAGGAAGGGGAAAGGAGUUAAGGAGCAAAUGCAGAGUAUCCCUGUGUCCUUCCCCCUCAACAACAGGUACAUCACUUUGGAUACUCUCAGGGGAGGGGGAUGACCUCCCAGAGGAAAGUCACAGUGGUCAGUCUCUGGCACUGAGUUUGCCUCUGUGACGCAGAAGAAAUGUGGGGAGAAGAGACGUGCGGGGGAGAUAGAGGAUUCAUUUGUUAGGGGAACAAACAGGAGGUUCUGUGGGUGAGAACGAGAUUUCUGGAUGGUAUGUUUCCUCCCGGGUGCUAGGGUCCGGAACAUCUCAGAUUGUGUCCUCAGCAUUCUUAAGUGGGAGUGUGAAUAGAUGGAGGUCAUGAUCCAUGUAGGUACCAAUGACAUGGGUAGGGCGAGUGACAAGGUUUUGUAUAGGGAUUUCAGAGAGUUAGGUGCUAAGUUAAAGGGCAGGACCUCUGGGGGGUUGUGAUCUCAGGAUUGCUACCCAUGCAUUGUGCUCGUGAGGCCAGAACUAGGAAGAUUAUACAGCUCUGAACAUAAGCCAGGAAAUUAUCGGCUGGUGAAUCUGACAUCAGCUGUGGGAAAGUUAUUGGAGGCUAUUUUAAGGGACCAGAUAUAUAAGUAUUUGGAUAGACAUGGACUGAUUAAGAAUAGUCAGCAUGACUUUAUGUGUGGUAGGUUUUGUCUAACCAAUCUUACUGAGUUCUUCUAGGAGGUUGCCAGGAAAGUGGAUGAAGGCAAGGCAGAGGAUGUUGUCAACAUGGACUUUAGUAAGGCAUUUGACAAGGUCCUGCAAGGGAGGCUGGUCAAGAGGGUUCAGCCACUUGGCAUGCAGGAUGAGGCUGUAAACUGGAUUAGACAUUGGCUCUGUGGGAGAAGCCAGACAGUGGUAGUAGAUGGUUACCUCUCUGACUGGAGGCCUGUGACUAGUGGUGUGCCACGGGGAUCGGUGCUGGGUCCGUUGUUAUUUGUCAUCUAUAUCAAUGAUCUGGAUGAUAAUGUGGUUAACUGGAUCAGCAAAUUUGAGGAUGACACCAAGAUUGGGGGUGUAGUGAACAGUGAGGAAGGCUAUCAUGACUUACAGAGGGAUCUGCAUCAGCUGGAAAAAUGGGCUGAAAAAUGGCAGAUGGAAUUUAAUGCACCCAAGUGAGAGGUUUUGUACUUUAGGGUAGGUCUUACACAGUGAACAGCAAGGCACUGAGGCGUGCGGUAGAACAGAGGGAUCAGGAAAUACAGGUCCAUAAUUCGUGGCAUCACAGGUAGAUAGGGUCAUAUGGAAAGUUUUUGCCACAUUGGCCUUCAUAAAUCGAUGUAUUGAAUACAGGCGAUGGGAUGUUAUGUUGAGGUUGUGUACAACACUGGUGAGCCCUGAUGUGGAGUAUUGUGUGCAGAUUGUGCAGAGAAUUGUGUACAGGAAAGAUGUAAACAGGUCGAAAGAGUACAGAGAAAAUUUACAGAUUUGACAGAGACAUCAAAAAUUAUGCAGGGUAUAGAUAAGGUAAAUGCAAGCAGGUUUUUUCCACUGAGUGGGAGGGACUAGAACUAGAGGUCAUGGGUUAAUGGUGAAAGGUGAGACGUUUAAGAGGAACAUGAGGGAAAACUUCUUCAAUCAGGUGGUCGUGAGAGUUUGGAACAAGCUGCCAACACAAGUGGUACAUUCAAGCUUAAUUUCAAUGUUUAAGAGAAGUUUGGAUAGGUAAAUGGAUAGUAGGGAUAUGAAGGGCUAUGGCCCGGUACAGGUCGAUAGGAGUAGGCGGUUUAAAUGGUUUCAUAAUGGACUAGUUGGGUCGAAGGACCUGUUGCUGUGCUGUACUCCUCUAUGACUCUAAGUAGAAUUGAAAAAGCAUGAAGUGCACAGUAUAGGUAAACGCACGGUGAGCAGUAAACAGCUCACUAUCCCUGUGACGAGACCUCGAUGGUGGCAGGGUAUUCAUUAGUCUCACAGCCUGAGGGAAGAAGCUCUUACCCAGUCUGGCAGUCCUAGUCCUGAUGCUCCUGAACCCCCUUCCUGACGGUAGUGGGUCAGGGAGAUUGUGCGUUGGAUGGUCGGGAUCCUCGACAAUGUUUUGGGCACUUCGGCUGCAAUGCUCUGGGUAAAUGUCACAAAUAGGGGAGAGGGAGUCCCCUAUCUUUGUGGAGAGUCAGCAAAUCUCAGUGAGCUUUCAAACCCUGGGGGUAGGGGGGAGGUGUUCCUGAGAAUUAAGUGUUGACUGGCAGAUGGAGCAUGAUCCUGCUGUAGGAAUCCCAUCACUGCACAAUAAGGAGUUUGAAAUGGAGCAACAAUAUAAACUGCUUGAGGAAAUGAGCGAUUCAGGCAGCAUCUGUGGGGCAAAGUGGGCAGUCAAUGUUUCAGGGCCAACGUUUAGAUGGAAGGAAAGGAAUGUUGAGGAAGCAGGGAGCGUGCAAAAGUUAGACACAUUAGGAGAAUGGGCAAUGAUAGGCCUAGAUAGAGUUCAUGUGGAAAGGAUAUUUUUAGUGGUGGAGGAGUUUAGGACCAGAGUGCACAGCCUCAGUAUAAGACAUAGGAGCAGAAUAGAAGGAUAUCUCUACAGAAUAGGUGGAAUUCAUUGCCUCAGAUAGCUGUCGAAGCCAAGUCACUAGGGAUAUUUAAAUCAGUGUUUGAUAGGUUGUUGAUUAAUCAGGGCAUCAAAGAUUAUGGGUAGAAGACAGGCAAAUGAGAUUGAGAGAAAUAAUAAGCCAGCUAUGAUGGUAUGGUGGAGCAGACUGGAUGGGCCAGUUGGCCCAGUCCUGCUCCUCUGUAUGAAUAUUGCUAUCAGCAAACAGAAAUAGCCUAUCCCAACACCUUUCAAAUGAUCAUCAGAGAUUUCAAUCAAGCUUGUGUGAAUAAAUCUCUGCUCAUUUAUCAUCAACAUAUCACCUGCAGCACCAGGGGUCUAUCCUCUGAUUAUGAUGCCUACUCUCCCGUGCCUAGACCGCAUUUCAAGAAAUCUGAUCACUCGGCUGUCCUACCUGCAUACAGACAGAGGCUAAAGAGCCAGACUCCAGCGAUAAGGACACAAGGGGGUGGUUGCAGGAGGUUGAGGAGCGGCUAUGAGAUUGCUUUGAGUCAAAGGACUGGGCCAUGUUCAAGGACUGAUUGGAGGGUCUGAAUGAAUACACUAUAGUUGUGACAAACUAGAAAAACGAUUCUAAAUCCGUGUGUUCCCGCAAAAUCAUUCAGAGCCUUCUGCAACCAUAAGCCCUGGAUAAACUGUGAGAUCUGCAAUCUGCUGAGGACACCGUUCUAAUUGCUUAACACUCGAGACUGUGAAGCUAAGCACAGCUCCAGUGCCAUACUUAAGUUGGCCAAAUCAAAGGUGGUGACGAAGGAGGGAGACUGAAAAUCUGGCCAGAUGGUGUCACAACAGCAACCUCUCACGCAAUAUCAGCAGAACCAAGGAGCUGAUGAUUGACUUCAGGAGGAGGAAACCCGAGGACCUCAUCGGGGGAUUAGAGAGGUGAAGAGGAUCAGCAACUUUAAAUUCUUUGUUGUUAUCAUUUCGGAAGACCUGGCCGAGGCCCAACACGCAAGUGCAAUUAGGAAGAAAGUAUUGCAGCACCUCUACUUAGCAGUAUGUGAAGCAGCAUGACAUUAAAAGCUAUGGCAGACUUAUACAGAAAUGUGGUGGAGAGUAUAUUGACCGGUUGUAUUACAGCCUGGAAUGGCAGCACCAAUGCCCUUGGAUGGAAAAUCCUACGGAAAGUAAUGGAUAUGGCUCAGUUCCCACCAGUCUGCACAUCUGCACAGAGCGCUGUUGUAGGAAAGCAGCAUCCACCAUCCAGGCCAGGCUCUCCUCUUGCUGCUACCAUCAGGAAGAAGGUACAGGAGCCUCAUGACACAAACCAGGUUCAGGAACAGUUAUUACCCCUCAACCAUCAGGUCCCACAGCACCAGGUUCAGGAACAGUUAUUACCCCUCAACCAUCAGGUCCCACACCACCAGGUUCAGGAACAGUUAUUACCCCUCAACCAUCAGGUCCCACACCACCAGGUUCAGGGACAGUUACUACCCCUCAACCAUCAGGUCCCACACCACCAGGUUCAGGGACAGUUACUACCCCUCAACCAUCAGGUCCCACACCACCAGGUUCAGGAACAGUUAUUACCCCUCAGCCACCAGGUCCCACACCACCAGGUUCAGGAACAGUUAUUACCCCUCAACCAUCAGGUCCCACACCACCAGGUUCAGGAACAGUUAUUACCCCUCAACCAUCAGGUCCCACACCACCAGGUUCAGGGACAGUUACUACCCCUCAACCAUCAGGUCCCACACCACCAGGUUCAGGAACAGUUAUUACCCCUCAACCAUCAGGUCCCACACCACCAGGUUCAGGAACAGUUAUUACCCCUCAACCAUCAGGGGAUAACUUGAACCAGAGGGGAUAACAUCACUCACCCCAUCACUGAACUGUUCCCACAACCUAUGGACUCACUUUCAAGGACUCUUCAUCUCAUGUUCUUGAUAUUUAAUACUUACUUAUGUAUUUAUUAUUAUUAUUUUGUUUCUUUUCGUAUUUUCACAGUUGAUUGUCUUUUCCAAAUUGCUAGCUUAUUCAUCCUGUCAGGUAAGGUAAGGUCUUUCAUGAAUUCUAUUGUGUUUCUUGGAUUCAGUGUGCAUGCCCACAAGAAAAUGAAUCUCAGGCUUGUAUAUGGUGAGAUAUGUGUACGUUGAUAAUUUUACUUUGAACUUUGAAUGUCUUAUGACAAGGACAUGGUUUGCUGAAAGUGGCAUUGCAGUUAGGCAGGGUGGCGAAGAAGGCUUUUGGCACACUGGUGUUCAUUAGUCAGGGCACUGAGUAGAAGACAGGGGACAUUCCAUUGCAGUUGCACAAGACUUUGGUGAGGCUGCACGUGGAGUAUUGUGUAUCCUGUUAGAGGAAAGGUGUAAUUAUGUUGGAAAGAUUAGAAAGAACAUUUAUGACGAUUUGGCCUGGACUCAAGGGACUGAGUUAUCGGGACAAGUUGAGCAGGCUAAGACUUGAUUCCCUAAAGCAUAGGAGAAUGAGGGGAGAUUUGAUAAAGGUUAUGAAAUUUAGGGAUACAGAUAGAGUAAAUACAUGCAGGCUUUUUCCACUGAGGUUGGGAGGGACUAGAACUGGAAGUCAUGGGUUAAAGGUGAAAUAUUUAAGGGGAACCUGAGGGAGAAAUUCUUCACUCAGAGGGUGGUGAGAGUGUGGAAUGAGCUGCCAGCGGAAGAGAUGGAUGUGAGUUUGAUUUUAAUAUUUACAAGAAGUUUGGAUAGGUACAUAGAUGUGAGGGGUAUAGAGAGAAUGAAGGGCAUCAAUAAGGUGAAUAAAACACAGGUGGGGGGGUCAAAGAUCAUUUGAGACAGUGUUUUGCUGUCUCUGGGAAGCGAACACGUAUUUGGACGGCCUCGUGCGAAGAAACUUUGAGACUUGGUGCGGCCGACGUUUAACUGCUGUUUGCCAGUUAAAGUGUCCAUUAAUCACCGAUUAAAGUGCCAAGGAAGACUGAGACAUCAAGGCGAAUGCAGAAGGCCAGCAAGAGUUUCAGUGCCAACUGCCUGUCUUUUCAUCGCUGCUGGCAAAGGAAUUUGUGUUUGGCCUCUGGUGGGCGGGUAGGCCUCUACCUCGUGUGGUAUCCCGCUCUUUCGAUGAAUGUGGGUGAUAUCGGAGGAUGGUAUCAUGGUUCUGCAUUAUGGAUUGGACUAUUGUGUUUAUGGACUGUGGACUUUUUCAGACUGAUGGUUUUCAUAUUCUGUGUUUUUUUCUGUUUUGUUGUGUGAGGGGAGAAUGUUUGGGAUUUUUUUGUUCUGUAAAUGUUCUGUUAGUUUUUGUGUGGGAGAGGGGUCGUUCCUGUUCAGUUUUGUGUUGGAAGAGGGGGAUUUUGGGGGUUGAUAAUUGGGAUGCUGUUCUUUUUUUUUUGUACUGGGGGGACAGGUGGGUUUGAUGUUUCUCUCUGAAUAACUUUCAUGCUCUUUCUUUGUUUCGUGGCUAUCUGGAGAAAGCAAAUUUCAGAGUUGUAUGGAUACACGCUUUGAUAAUAAAUGAACUUUUGAACUUAAGGUUAUGGGAAAAGGCAGAAGAAAGGGGUUGAGAGACACAAUAAAUUACCAUGAUUGAAUGGCGAAAUGGACUCAAAGGUCCAAAGGUUUAAAGGUUCAUUUAUUUUCAAAGCAUACAACUCUGAAAUUUUUCUUCUCCCGAGAAAAAGAACUGCAGUAUGAUCAUCAACCCUCCCCAAAUCCCCCACCCCUGCACACAAAAAAAUUGAGAAACACUGGCAAAAAAACACGGAAAAUAAAAACUAUAAGACUGAGAAAAGGUCCAUAGUCUAUUGUCCAAAUCCAUAUCCCUAUCCAUACCCAAGAUGCAGAAAACCUGGGUUACAUUCUCCAGGUACAGCGGCAAACUCUCCCCUCUCCAGUAGCAGAGCCAUCCCAUUAGUUAUCAGAAAACAGACGUCACCCCUAUCCGGCAACAGAGCGAUCAGAAGGAAGUCUCCCCUCUCCGGUAGCAGAGCCGUCCCACUAGUGAUCAAAAGGCAGGCAGCCGGCACUUACCUUCUACAUUCGCCUCGGUGUUCCAAUCUCCUCAUUGAUUUUAGUCAGUGCACAAUGGAAGCUUUAAUCGGAGAAACGGAGUCGUACAUCAGCUCGCGCCCCUUCUCGCGGCCUUCGUGCCGCAAGGUUCACCUCCUGGAGACUGCAGUGCUCUGGAACACUCAAACUGCAAAUCGCAGGUUUCGACAGUUCCAGAUUUGCAUUCAAUACAAAACAUAGACAUACAAGACAUAAAAGAAAUGAAAUAAUUGUUUCCUCAUCAAUCUAGAAGUUACUGACUGUGGAAGCGUUGUAUGCGGGCACUAUCUUGAUUGGGCCAAAUGGCCUAAUUCUGCUUCCAUGUCUUAUGGUCUUUUCCCAGGGUCAGCUAGUCAAAAAGUAGGUUUAAGUGAGAAGGGAGGAUCCUGAGGGGCGGAUUCUUCGUGCAGAGGGUGGUGAGUAUAAGGGAUGAGCUGCCAGAAGUGGUUGGGGCAGGUUCAGUAACAUUGUUAGAGACAUGGAUAGGAAACCUAGGGCAAACGCAGGCAAUUAGGACCAGCUUUGAUGGACGUUUUGGUCAACAUGGACCAGUUGGGCUGAAUGGCCUCUUUCUGUACUAUGCAACUAUGAUUAUAGUGAAAUCUAACCCAUGGGUUGAGAUUCAGAAGGGCUAACAGUACCCAAAGGCUUUGGAAAGAACUACCACACUUGAGUUGUGUUCAGAGAUUCAGAUUCCGAUUUACUUAUCAGAUGUACGUCAAACAGAUGGUGAGAUGUGUUGUUUGUGUUAACAUAACACAGCCGAGGAUGUGCUGGGGGCAGCCGGCAAGAGUCGCCACACAUUCUGGCGCCAACACAGCAUUCCCACAAUGCUAAGCAGCAACAACAACAGAACGAAACACAAAGGCAAACAACUGCACUGAAGAGGCUCUGCAGCACCCAUGUCAGGACCAGCAGACUCAAAACCCGUUCCUUUCCCCAAGCAGCAAGGCUGAUCAACACCUCCACCCACUAACCCACCCUCCACACCCCCAACCACCACUACUUUAUCGUUUCCUGUCAGUCACCUUAUGUACAGACACUCCUGGGCCUAGCGUCACUUUAUGGACAUAAAAUCAAUCUAUGUAUAUAAGCUAUUUUAUGUAUUUAUAUUUAUUGUGUCCGUUACCUUACUGUGCUUUUUGUGCUGCUUCCAACCUGGAGCAACAAUUAUUUUGUUCUCCUUUAUACUUGUGUACAAAAAAUGACAUUAAACAAUUCUGAAUCUUGAGUUUUGAAUAUUGAAUUCUCCUACGCUCCAGGGAAUAAAGUCCAAGCCUAUUAACCUUCCCUAUAACUCAGGUCCCCAAGUCCUGGCA